GUUUGUACACGCAAGGUGUCUGGUGGAACGGGUUGACAGUUGAAUAUUUUAAUUGUUUAUUGAUGAAAUGAGGCGAAGUUUUGUCGGGUUGCGACGUUAUAUAACGAAUAGGUUGGGAACAGUGUAUAGGCCUAAUUUUUCCGCGCACUUUGCCGACACAGCAAGCGGGGUAUAGUCUUCUUUAUCCGGGUGCUGACGCGAUUACAGCAGGAAAGAUGGCGGAUGAUCCUAACGCGGCAGACAGGAACGUGGAGAUAUGGAAAAUCAAGAAACUGAUUAAAAGUUUGGAAGCUGCCCGUGGUAAUGGAACCAGUAUGAUCUCGCUGAUCAUCCCCCCUAAGGACCAGAUCUCCAGAGUGGCCAAGAUGUUGGCAGAUGAGUUUGGCACAGCCUCCAACAUCAAGAGCAGAGUCAACAGGCUCUCUGUGCUCGGGGCCAUCACCUCUGUACAGCAGAGACUAAAGCUAUACAACAAGGUGCCGCCUAAUGGCCUGGUGGUGUACUGUGGAACCAUCGUGACAGACGAGGGCAAAGAGAAGAAAGUCAACAUUGACUUUGAGCCUUUUAAACCCAUCAACACCUCCCUGUACCUCUGUGACAACAAGUUCCACACUGAGGCGUUGACAGCCCUGCUGUCUGAUGACAGUAAGUUUGGCUUCAUAGUGAUAGAUGGUAGUGGGGCUCUAUUCGGGACACUCCAGGGGAACACUAGAGAGGUCCUGCACAAGUUCACUGUGGACUUGCCCAAGAAACACGGCCGAGGAGGUCAGUCUGCUUUGCGCUUUGCCCGUCUGAGGAUGGAGAAGAGACACAACUAUGUGAGGAAGGUGGCUGAGACAGCUGUCCAGCUCUAUGUGGCCAACGACAAGGUCAACGUGGCCGGAAUGGUCCUAGCAGGGUCUGCCGACUUCAAGACUGAGCUCAGCCAGUCCGACAUGUUCGACCCUAGGUUACAGGCAAAGAUUCUAAAGCUGGUGGACAUCUCGUACGGAGGGGAGAACGGUUUCAACCAGGCCAUCGAGCUGUCGGCAGAGGUCCUCUCUAACGUCAAGUUCAUCCAGGAAAAGAAGCUCAUAGGUCGGUACUUUGAUGAGAUCAGUCAGGACACGGGGAAGUACUGUUUUGGGGUGGAGGACACACUCAAAGCACUGGAGAUGGGGGCUGUGGAGAUCCUCAUCGUUUAUGAGAACCUAGACACCAUGCGUUAUAUUCUUCGCCUGCACGGGGCUGAGAGCGUCGGAACAGAAAACGAUGAGAAGACUCUUUAUUUAACACCAGAGCAGGAGAAGGACAAGUCCCACUUCACAGACAAGGAGACUGGGCAGGACCACGAGUUGAUUGAAAGCAUGCCUCUGCUGGAGUGGUUUGCCAACAACUACAAGAAGUUUGGAGCCACGCUGGAGAUCGUCACAGACAAGAGUCAGGAAGGGUCUCAGUUUGUCAAGGGCUUCGGUGGCAUCGGGGGAUGCUUGCGGUACAGGGUGGAUUUCCAGGCCAUAGAUUACCAGGCGGAGGACGACGACUGUUUUGAUUUAGAUGACUACUAGGUAGUCGGACUGAAUAGUGGAGAAAGAAGGGAAAAAGGUGAAGAAUGACGAAAUAAGGAUAGAAAUAUGCCACCUUUUUUUUCAGCGAGUGAAAAGAGACGUACUGACCAUGUAGACAGACAUGCAUUCAAUUUGAAACACGCACACGUGCCCAUACAUGUACACUUCUAAUAACGCACACGCUGAAGACUGAGAUUCUCUUUCAAUCCAGAGAGGGACAACCCAUCCUGAGUGAAUCCCUGCCUUAGAGUGCUGGUUCCUUCCCCUGGUUGGAUUGGACUUGACUCAAAUCGUUUUAGUUUGUUUGUUUUUCUCCCCUCCAUUUUGAAUGGACACAACAGCAAGUUCCCAGCAAUCCUCGCUCGCAGCAACCCCCCCCCCCGGUCCGAUGAAGACUUUGGACUCUAUCCUCGCGUAAAGAACAUAUAUUUUCCUUUCUUUCCCUCAUCGUGUCCUUGCCCUACCUCCUUCUAUCCCCCCUUAAUGCUUUUUAUAUAUAUAUAUUUAGGCUUUUUAUUUUUUACUGGUAAUUGCUGCUGUUGUAUUUUAUUUUUUACCUGGGUUUCUGUAGAGAAGGGGGUAUUAAAUUUUAACUGCUGAAACCCAUUGCUACCUCCUCAUCCACUGUGGUCUCAAUCAUGUGGAGUGUGUCGUUCCCAGAGGUACUGGCUCUACCGGCUCCCCUGCUAAUGAAAAGUGUUUAUUUCACCCAUGAGCUUCAGUGGCUGUAGAACUUGUGAAUUGUUUAUGCCAAUUUAAGAUUUUUACUAAGCUACAGUUCAUAAGGAAAUUGAAAUAAAUUCAUUAGGCCAUAAUCUAUGGAUUUCACAUGACUGGGAAUACACAGAUGCACUCGGUUAGACCACUGGUCAGGUUUCUGAAGUCUUGAUCAACAGUGGUCAGAAAGGGUAAGGAGAAAAUGGAGUUCAGGAGAUGAACCCUAUCACCCAUUCUACAUGUUUAAUUCAUCACAUAUGUAAGAAUACAUUUGCCCAGGCAUUGCUCAAGUUGGCCUUUACAUCCCUGUUUGAAGAGAUACAUGCCUAGAUGGUCAUUUUAGCCAUUAUAUCCACUGUCUUUUCAAAUGAUCUGCUGCCUGUUUAGUGAAUAUGUUUACACAAUCAACACAAAUCUUCCACCCAUCAGCCCCUUCACAUCAUUCUCUAAUAUUACCUGACCCAACAUAAAUGAUGUUUUUAGUUGUCAGUCCUGGUGCCGGGAAGGCGAAGUGUUCAUCAUACUGCUUGUAAAAUGCAAGUCAUCGCUGAGCCUGAUAGAAAGGAUAUUUAAUAUCAAUAAGUGAUGAUUACUGAUAAAGCUUUGUGUUUCCCAGCA